CCGGCGGCGGCAGCAGCAGCAGCGGUAUCGAGCGGGGGCUGCCUCCCUCUCCCCGCUGAGAGAAGGAGGGAGCGCCUCGCCUCGCCGUGCCAGCCGCCUCGCCGCCGCCAUGCUGCCCGGGGUGGGGGUGUUCGGCACCGGGCUGACGGCGCGGGUGAUCGUGCCGCUGCUGAAGGCGGAGGGCUUCGCCGUGAAGGCGCUGUGGGGCCGCACGCCCGAGGAGGCGGAGGAGCUGGCCAAGGAGAUGAGCGUCCCCUUCUACACCAGCCGCAUCGACGAGGUGCUGCUGCACCAGGACGUCGACCUGGUCUGCGUCAACCUGCCACCGCCGCUCACCCGGCAGGUCGCCGUCAAGACUCUGGGCAUUGGGAAGAACGUCAUCUGUGACCGAACGGCAACUCCCCUGGAUGCCUUUAGGAUGAUGACUGCGGCUCAUUACUACCCAAAGCUCAUGAGCAUCAUGGGGAACGUUCUGCGCUUCCUGCCUGCUUUCGUGAAGAUGAAGCAGCUGAUCCAGGAGGGCUACGUGGGGGAGCUGCUGGUGUGCGAGGUGCAGGUGCACAGCGGGAGCCUGCUGGGCAAGAAGUACAACUGGAGCUGCGAUGACCUGAUGGGAGGUGGGGGCUUGCACUCGGUGGGCACCUACAUCAUCGACCUGCUGACCUUCCUCACCAGCCAGAAGGCCGUGAAGGUGCACGGGUUGCUCAAGACCUUUGUGAAGCAGACGGACCACAUCAAGGGCAUCCGGCAGAUCACCAGCGAUGACUUCUGCACCUUUCAGAUGGUCCUGGAAGGGGGCGUGUGCUGCACGGUGACGCUCAACUUCAACAUCCCGGGGGAGUUCAAACAGGACAUCAUCGUGGUGGGCUCGGCGGGACGGCUCACUGUGAUAGGCACUGACCUCUACGGACAGAGCAACAGCUCUCCUCAGCGGGAGCUCCUGCUGAAGGACUCCACGCCAGUCAGCAACUCCUUGCUUCCGGAGAAGGCCUUCAGUGACAUCCCAUCCCCCUACCUGCGGGGCACCAUUAAGAUGGUCCAGGCUGUCCGGCAGGCCUUUGAGGACCAGGACGACAGGAGGACCUGGGACGGGAGGCCCCUUACAAUGGCUGCCACUUUUGACGACUGUCUGUACGCCCUGUGUGUGGUGGACACCAUUAAAAAGUCAAACCAGCUGGGGGAGUGGCAGAACAUUUCAAUCAUGACUGAGGAGCCAGAACUGAGCCCGGCAUACUUGAUCAGCGAAGCCAUGCGGAAGAGCAGGAUGUCUCUGUACUGCUAGCUCCUCUGAGCUCCUAGGAAUGAAUAGGAACCAGACAGCUCUUGAAGGAGAUGGUAAUUCAGCCCCUGUGAAGGGCUUGGGUGUCUUAGCAGAGGAUUACAGGAGAAGGAAAUGCAGUGUCUGGAUCAAUUAAAUCUGUUGGCAGCUAAAUGCCAAACUGAUGUGGUCCUUCGAAAUGCCCAGAACAGACAGGAGACGUAAGAGCUGAUAAACUUAACUGUUUUAAUAACAGUAUUAGCUGGCUGAUUGCAAAGAUAUAUCAUGGACUCAUCCCCUGCUUGCAGGUGCUUUAGAUUAUCCAAUUGUGUUUACUGUGAAAGGUUGGGAAGAUCCUUUUUAGAUUUUCCUUACCUACCAGAGGGCUGUGAAGGUACUGUCAUGUCGUUAAAUUUUCUGUAGUGUCUGACAUGAAUGUUUCCUACCAUGACAGCUGACACCACCAUGUUAUAUUACUACACCUCCAACCAACACACAGAAUAGCAGGACUUGAUGUGAAAGUGUUGCAGGAUUCAGAAAAUCUUGGCAGUUCACUUUUCAUACAGCCUGUUAGAAGCUUCUCUGUGUUGGUUUAAUACUUGUUUUUUGUUUGGUUUGGUUUUGAUUUUUUGUUUUGUUGGAUUUUUUUUAAAGCACAAUUAAAUAGGAAAAUGUGUGGCUUUUAAAACAAAGCAGUCCUCAACCACAGUGCAUAUGCCCGGGUAUUUGGGGAGGGAGGCUCUUCUGUGAGCUCCUGGUAAGUGUCAGUGUUACGGGUUUUCUGAUUAAAAUGGGUGAUGGAAAACCUUCAUGGAUGGCAGGUGGCACAACCUCAUAACGAUAAUGGGGUUUAUUAUACAGCCGAACUCGGGCUAGUCUUACAAAGAUUUGCACAAAAUUUCCUGUGUUUGGGACUGACUUUCGAGUGAAUUCAUCAUGCAUUUUGGUUUUAGGUGGGAAAUGGUAGGAAUAUAACCCAAAACCAUACGAUGUUUGGUUGCAUACACAAGUGGUGUUCUUUUAAACCACUGUGAACUCGCACUUGAGAGAUGCACACCGACAAGUAAUUUCACAUCCCUCAAUCCAGAAGUGCUCACCUCCAAGUGGUAAGUGUGAGUGAAAAACAAAAGGGAUGAGAAAAUUUCCCAUCUAUUUACAAGGAAAAAAAAUUACAUAGGACCCCCAGCCUUCUCACCUCCUUAAAGUGGCCAGCUACUGGUACUGUAUUAAUCAUUCCCUGUCACCAGUGCAGGGGUGGACAAACUCUUUUGCUACGUUUGUCCUGAUCUUCUUUUUAAUAUUUUAGAUUGCAGUCUUGAAAUAAUUAUUCUUUUGAGAAUAUCUUCUUGAAAGAAUAUAGUGAAAGGCACAUGAUUUAUCCCAGUAAAUAGGGAUACUGUUUUUCUGUGUAAAGCUGCUCCAGUGCUGAUGUGUUUACAGCGCUAGGUCUUGAGAUAGUAAAAAAGUAGAACACAAGCAUAUAGCACUAAAUCAUAUUAAACUUGAGAAAAACCUUUUCAGGGUUUUUUGUUAAUUUUGACUAUGGGAAGUAAGAGAACACUGGGGUGAGCAGUAAAUAUAAAGAGAAAAUAUGUUUUUGAACAGGAGGGCAUCAAUAAUGUUGUUCAUCUUAUCUGGCUUUAGUCAGCUCAGAGUUGGAUGUCUUGUUCUGAUCAGCAAGAACACUGCAGUCAACACAGAGAGAGCUCUCCAAAGGCUGACUCAGUUCACCCUAGGAUUAAUAUAGAAAGAGGUGCCCACUGGAAAUGCCUGUCUUCCUCCUUUGCAGAGAAUCUUGGCCUCUAAAUUUUGGUGUGGCUGAAGUUAGGAAACUUGACUCGCAGCCCAAAAUUGAUUCAUAUGUGCUUAAUAUUUCAAGAGCAUAUAUAUGACCUUUUGUUAAAUAGUCCCCAAAGUAUGGUAGUGUGACUGAUGAAGGAAUAAUGUAAUACGGCAAAACCACACCCAAGGGGGGAAUUGUUUCUAUCCAUGUUGUUCUGCCAGUUCUAGCAACUCUCUCUGGGGCUGUUUCGGCUAAAACCUUGGGCAAGGCUUCAUCAUUCCUUCUUGGAAGCAGCCCUUGACAAAUUUGGUUGUUUUUCUUUAAAAUGGGUUUCUCUGAGAAUUCCAGAGGUAGUAUCUGUGCCCAUAGGAAUCUCCCACUGCAACUAUCAUGCUAUAUACCAUACUGUCCACUUCCUGCCCUGAAAAGUAAAUAACACAUAAGAGAGGAUUUGAUCAAGAAAUACCUGUCUCCUGAAAAACAGAAUUACCCCCAAGGGGAUUAAGCGAGUUUUCAUACAGUGAAGCAAAACCCAUUUACUGAAAAGAUUGGCUAGUUCAAGUCAUGAAUGCAAGCCUCGUGGAUAAUUAACCAUGUCUAGUUAAACAUCAUCCAAAAGUGGAACCAAACAUGGACCAAAAUGUUUGUGAAUCUUGCUUCUCAGUUUGGUGAUUGUGCUGGAGUUGCUGUUCAUGUCUUUGCCCUUCUUUAUGGUUCACAAAUGUUGGCUGUGUUUCCUCUCUGUGUUUUCUUCUUUUCCCUGUCUUUCUGGGUUUUGUGAUGCCAGUUAGAAUCCUUUCCCCUGCCCCUGCAGUGAACAGGCGAGACACAGUGAGUAAGGAUAGUACUACUGAGCUCAAGCUUUCUGCCCCAGACACAAAGGUUUAGGUGACAGGCAUCAUCCAUCCUCUGUGCAGACCUACUGAUGCAGCAGAAAGAAAAUCCAAUGCUUUGGUUACACAGACAUCUGAUGCUGCUGUCUGUGCUGGCUUGCAAAUGUGUCGAAUCUUGUACAGCUCCUUGUGCUGGCCCAGAGAGAGCAGAGACAGAGUGGGACACCCUCUUGUAAUGGUAGCAGAGAUGCUACAUUUAUCUUACCUAACUGGCAUGGCAGCAGGAGCUGCAUGCAUUCAGGAUUGUACAGCAGUUUUUCCAUUCUCUGGGAGGUGAAGGUGCUGCAGUGUCAAGUGUAAACUGACUAAACUUCCACCUGGCUUGGAAGAGAAAAGAAUUGGUGUAUUUAUUGAAUGUGUAUUGUUAUUCUGACAAAUAGUUUCUUUAUAGUCUGGGAUUUUUUCUUGGCAGCAUCCAGCCCUCUGUUCCUUUGGUGCAGUUGAAAGUACAUUGAAUUUGCCCUAAGUAGCCUCUGGAGUUGAAGUUGGGUUUAGGAAUUUGGGCAGCAGAUAGCAGAGAUGUACUUGAUUGAACUCAGAAGUGAUACCAUCCCAGGAAACAUGUAUUUGACAUUGCACUUUUAAUGCUGUGCCCCAAGGUUUGAGAUGAAUGCUGCUAAAUUGGUGCAGGCCUAGGAGCCAAACUGCAGCUACUGCUGGAAUUUACAGUAGCCCCCAAACGAACUUGUUCAUACACUAGAUAAGAAAUUUCAUUCCUCUUUCCCAGGGCUGCUAUUGGAGAGGCUCUUUCCUUUGCCAUCAGCCUGUGCACAUAGGAUACUGAUCCUUUUGGGCUGUUGCCAAAGACAGAAAGAGCCAAAGGGUGAGCUUUGAUGUUCUGCAGGGCUCUGUUCCAGUGCUGGGACAGUCAGCUGGGAGAGGGUGUCUUAUUUCCCAUUGGCAUUGCAUUGGGAUUCACACCAGGGGUAGGGCAACCCUGCACUGUGUGACAGCAGGGCACAACUGAACUCCUUAAAAUGUGCCCAGAGGGAGGAUGGUGAUUGCAGCAGGGAGCAGCAGGAAGGUGUCUGCAGGCUGGUACCUCUGUGCCUGCCCUGCAGGGAGGAUAUGCUGGUGCUGUGGAGGGUGAGGGCUGCACUUCCUGAGGGUGACAGCAGCAGCCUUGCUCCACCUCUGUGUGUGGGAGCCCAGGAAGGGACCCUGCCCUUGGGGAAGCAGAAUCUGUCCCAUAUUCCUGCUGGAUAGGCACAUCCUCAGUGCUGAUCUCAGUGGAGUCCUACAUGGAAUUGUAAGAACUCUGCAGGAGCUUGGGCUUUCCUACAUCAAGUACCAUACAUGUGGUAAAUCCGUAGUACUUCAGCUGCAUAGUGAGAAAAUCCCCAGUAGAAAGGAGGGGACCUUACCCAUGCAGCCAGCAUGGCAGAGAAUUGGGCCGCGCCUUGAUGAGUUUCAGCUCAGGCUGGGCUGCUCUGGAGCUCAUCCUUUGCUUUGGCUGAAGCAAAUCAGCCAAAUUUGAUUGAAAUCCCUGCCCAGCCAGCAUCAGGCAAUCAGAAGCACUAUCCACUUUGUACUAAGUGUUCCCUUCUUUUCCGUAACUUUCCAAAAAGUGACUGUACAAGUGAACUAGCUGUCCUGGAAGUUCAGCCAUUCAAAAAAUGGAGGCUUUUCUGCUGCAUGUGGUCACAGCACAAUGACAAUUCAAUUUCUUGUUUAGUUUUGUGUCCAUACAGAUGGAAUAGACCCAGACAAUUUAAAAUUACUCACUGUUCUACCAAGAAAAGGCAUAUUUUAUUUAGGUAAAGGUAAACGUAGUAUCUUGAUGUUGUUUUUGCAGAUAAUCAGAAAGGCAUAAUGACAGAACUUCUUGUUGCUGGGAAUUUUUGUGUUUGACUUUUAUUUAUGUCUUUCAGCAUAAAAUAUCACUCAUUAUGAAGUCUGUUCACUGCUAAGUUCUGUAUUUACAAGCCAGAGUUGUGGCUUUGUGCAGAUACUCCACACUGGUUUGGUGUUCCAGUGGCCCAGUGAUGUACCCUUAGUAUGUAUGAAGCUCAACACUGGACUUUCAACGUCUGCAGUGAUCUCUGGGUAUCUGGAGCUAAUUGUGAAAUGGCAGGAUUAAUCAGGACAGCAGUUUCUUUUUGUUGUUGUUGAAGUUGUUACUUGUGGGGAGCAAAGUUUGUAAAUUUUAGAGAUGAAGUGUGACUGAAUAAUAUUUGGCAGUCUUAUCUGCUUUAAAAUUUCUUCUUUUUUGAGCUGCUGGGUGAAGUCUGUCCAAUAAAAAUAAUUUCCCCUUAACUGCCCACUUCCAUUUGCUCAUGAAAAGAAGAAAUUUUAAAGUAAAUGGGACUACACAUAAUGCUGCAUUCAUGAACUGAUGUCAAAACCUCAUGACUUAAUGAGUGUAUGAAGCCACAGUCCAAACAAGUAAUGUCUUUUUUGAAGCUGCCAGAUCGAGGCCUUGGGGUUGGGGAAAGAAGGGUAUCAGCACAGGUCAGACUGAAAUAGCUUUUAUUCAGCAUUUUGAAUAAAAUGAAUAAACAGAAUGGCUAUGGUCAAUCCAAAA